GCAACCGGGCCCCACGAGUCACCAGUCUUCGUCGACCGGCACCGGCCUCCUCGACUCCGGACACGGACACGGACAUGGACACGGACACGGACACAGACACGGACACGGACAUGGACAUGGGCUCGGACUGGCGACCGUUGCUGGCGUCACAUUUGGUACCGGCGGUAGCAGCAAUAGCAGCAGCGGGUCUCCGCCGGCCGCGGCGGGUCCUCUGGCCGGAACAAGAGGUCUCUUCGGACAGCCUCCGCGCCGCCAGUCGCCCACACACGCCGCCCACCUGCAGGCCGACAGCCACGGCCAUCAUCACCAGCAUCAACAGCAUCAGCAGCAUCGCCAACAGCCGGUCACCUUCCAGACCGAGUCUGAGGCUGCAGGUGCGACAGAAAGUGGGUCCCCGAGGGUGGGCGGGCAAUCGGGUGAGUGGGAUUCGAACCCCACAGCCCGGCGGAACGAGGUCUUGGGCGGCCCGUGGAAGGGACUGACACUUGAGGAUUGGCCAGGCCAAACAGUCACGGCCGCAACACACUUGAUGUU